AUGGGUCUCAUCAAAGGCGGCUUCCAGCGCCUGCUCCAGACGGCGCUCUAUGCCUUGCUCUUCUGUUGCGCCGGCAUCAUUCUGGGUGUCUACAGCUACUUCCUCAGCGUGCAAGCCGAUCGCAACGACCCGAUCGCGACAUGGCAAAAGGCCGUUGAGGGCAUCUCCGGCGCCGCUGUGGUCUACCUCAUCUUCGCCAUCGUCCUGACGUGCUGCCUCGGCGGCAUCGCAUUCUUCGCCUUCCUCGCCCUCGUUCUCGACGUGCUGUUUGCCGCCGGCUUCAUCGCGAUCGCGGUCUUGACGCGUGAUGGCGCCGACUCGUGCUCGGGGAAUGUGCAGACACCAAUUGGCAACGGGCCAGCCAGCGCGGACAACGGAUAUGGCGCGAACGGAAUCGGCGGCGACCAGGGCGAGAACUACACCUACUCUGUCCACCUCGGUCUCGCCUGCAGACUCAACACUGUUGCAUUCGCGGUCUCGAUCAUCGGCGCCUUCCUCUUCCUUGUCACCGCUGUCAUGCAGGUUCUGCUUGUGCGACACCACCGCAAGGAGAAGCGCUACGGUCCAAGCCCAUCUAACAACUACACAUCGGGCUCCGGGAAGAAGGGCGGUCUGUUCAGCCGCAAGAAGAACACCGACGCUCAUGCUAUGAAGGACGCUGAGGCGGGCAAUGGUACCGCGCCAGUUGCUGGAGAUGGCUACACCAACGGCUACACCCAUGGCAACACCAACGAGACCAGCUACACCCAUGGCAACACCAACGACACCAGCUACACGAAUGGUUACGCCAAUGGCACCCACACCACCACGGCCCCCAACACGCACUCUGGCUAUUACACGCAACCUACUGGCACGGCAGCCAGCAACCCCUAUGGCUACAGCAACAACACUGCGACCAACUACUAG